AUGAAUUGCUCAAAAAAUAGGAAAGGGACAGCUUUUCCUGAAAACUAUUACAACAUGAGCAGUAUUUCAGAUUUUGCAAUGUUUCGUUUUAAUUUGUGGCACAAAAAUCCGUUUUUUUCUCAUCAUGCAGCGGCUGUGGCAGCAGCUCAAGCGGGAAACCCAGGUAUCAUGGAAAAUACUUCAUUUGUACCCAAUCCACUAACUUCUCCAGCACUGAUGGUGUUGGCAUCAACAGCUGAAAAUCAUGAGGGGGCACGGAUGCCCGCUCCCCCCCACCACUUCCAAGGACAAAAUGUGGAGAAGGACAUGCCAACACCUUUUGGUACACCUCCCUUUACAAUGUACAGGCCCGGGGAACAUUUUCCCCCUCCCCUGUACACACCCGUUCCCCCAUAUGUACGUGCAAACCUGGAACGAGGGAUGGGGCUGAUCAACCCCGGGGGAGGGAGUGCAUUUCGUCCUGUCAGUAAUCCUGAAGGUGUAGAGAACUAUCAUUCAGCAUUUUCUUUGGCUAAGAAACCCAAACUUGACGAGUCCAGCUCAAGUUAUUCCUCAUCGGAAAAGUUGGACAGGGACAGUUCUGACCCUGCCCAGGAGGGUCUGGAGAGUAAGGGAUCCACACCGUUCGUUAAGGAAGAACGCCCCUCCAGUAUUAGCUCUGUAACCAAUUCUGAAAACUUUUCGGAUGGGGGAGACUUUGACAGUGGAACCCCAGAUCCGGAAGGCAGAUCACUCCGAAAGCAAAGGAGAAAAUGUGUGUUGGAUGGCCAGACACCAUGCUGUCCUAUCUGUGGUAUCACCCUGAGACCAGGGGAGGUUGACGCCCAUUUCAACCUCGAACUUGACAAACUCAAUCGGUACACACGGUGUGGCAGGAGAUCAAGGGACACAACUCCUCAAGGUCGAAAGUCACUUCCAUCUCCGUCUGGUCGCCGAGGGAAGGACUCGCCCUCCAUUGAGGCUGCAUCACUAUCCAGGUUUGAUACGUACCAGAGGAUCAAAUGUAAUCGGCAGUCCCGGCUUACUAGUCGGAGCAGGACAAGGAAGAAGAAGACGGAAGAAACUAUCUGUCCCAUUUGUAACGAGAGACUGAGUGGCACACCUGAGGAACUCAAUGGCCAUGUGGAGAUCUGUCUUAAAAAGCGUAAUGAAAUUGAGGAUGAACCUGUGGAUGUGGAGGGGGAUGGAGACACCUAUGAAGAAUAUACGUGGGCAGGACAGACUAGAAUCAGAGCUACUACUAUGUUACAGGGUGGAUUCUCAGGUACAGGAUUCCAGGUGAUGAAUCUAAAAAAAUCCAUGGAGGAGGAUAUUGAUCUGAACGUAGAUGGAGAUGACUCGGAACAGUAUGGAACAGCACAAUUUAAUGAAGGAGACAUCUUACCAUGCCGUUCAGAUGAGCCAUCAGAAGAUCUGGAGAGGAAGGCUCUGAGGGGUGCUGUUCUACGAAAUAUUUCACCGGGUGAUCCAUCUACUUCACAGUGCAAUGUAUCAAGUGCUCAAGAAGCGACUGAGAUGGAGGGCAGUAGUAGCUCAAGUCCCGGUAGUUCACCUACUUACCCAGACAGCAUGGACAUAAAUGGUUCUGCUGCUGAGGUCAUUGAAGCUCUGAAAGCGAGGUUAAAGUCGAAAGAAACAUCAAAGAAAGAAAUCCCUAAAUGUCUCAUAUGUAUGGGUGCCAAAAAGUUGUGUCCCCAGUGUAACAUGAUCACCGCCCCAGGAGAUCUGCGUCGCAUCUAUCUUUAA